CUGCUUGUCGUGGACGGGCUUGGCGGCGCGCCCCAUCCUGAAACGGGAAAAUCCGAACUGGAGACGGCUGAGCUUCCGAAUCUGGACAAAUUGGCGCGGCGCAGCGCGGCCGGACUGACGAUGCCUGUUAUGCCGGGAAUCACGCCUGGAAGCGGGCCCGGGCACAUGGCGCUCUUCGGAUACGACCCUGUGAAAUAUCUCAUGGGGCGCGGUGUACUGGAGGCGCUGGGUAUUGACGUGGAACUUGGGGCAGGGGACUUAGCGGCGCGCGGCAAUCUCUGCACAUUGGAUUCCAACAACAAUAUUGUUGACAGAAGGGCAGGGCGGAUACCCACUUCGGAGAGCGCGCCUCUCGUGGAGAUGCUGAACGAUAUCGAGAUCUCCGGAGUGGAUGUCAAGGUGUAUCCGGUGCAAGAUUAUCGUUUUGUGCUGGUUAUGCACGGGGAUGAUCUGGACGACAAGAUAAGCGAGACCGACCCGCAGAUGGUGGGCGUCAUGCCGCUUGAAGCCAGGGCGCUCAACGAUGCGUCCGAGCGGGCGGCGGCUCAUGUGAGGGCGUUCGUUACGGCGGCCGGGCGAAGUGCUGCGAGAGCGGGAGUACGCGAACAUGGCGAUGCUGCGCGGGUUCUCGCUGCUGCCGAAGUUGCCUGUCUUCGGUGA